AUGUCUCGAAGAAACGGUUUGCGAGACACUCGAAACGGAUUGACUACCGCCAUUGAUCCAGCUACCACGGCAAUAAUAAACGUAGCAGCACCAAUCAGUUCACCUACUGCCAAAGAACCAGACCCGAUUCUCACCGCAGCAUACGUGCUAAACAUAUCAGGAGCACCAUUACCAAAAGCCAGAAAAGUGACUCCCACAACAGACUCGGCCAGUCCUAGCAAAUUAGCCAUUGUCGACAGGUUCGGGCACAGAAAGUCAUAA